AGCGGGUAAGUAGCAGAAAACUAAAAUAAAUUUUCAGAAGUAAAGGAAUAAUAUUCCAACCGAAAAAAAAAAGUCUGAAAAGUUUUCUUUUUCUUUUUAUUGCAGAGGAUUUCAAGAAACACCUGCCAUUAUAUAAAGCUAUACUCGAAGGUGAUCUGAAAUCGGUACGAAAACUCUGUGAUGAGGAUGAGAAUGCGUUAGAAACGAGAAUUACGGUAAACUUGGACACAGCUCUUCAUGUAGCUGUUGGGACAGGCAAGGCAAAUCAUAUUGUGGAGUAUCUAUUGUAUCAGAUGUCAAUGCAUCAACUGUCACUGAAAAAUAAAGAGGGUAACACUGUUCUUUUCAUUGCUGCAAUUGUUGGCAAUGUCCAAGCAGCCCGCAUGAUAAUGAAGAAAGAUGAAAAUCAAACUUUAAUUCAAGAUUCAAACAAGUCUAAAAGGAUACCUUUGAUUGAGGCCACUCGACAUGGCCAAAAGAAGAUGAUCAACUAUUUAUUGCAAUUCAGCAACAAUUAUUUGGAUUAUCAUUCUGCAACACGUUUUACAUCGGGCGUUCUUUUCGUAAAGUUGCUUAUAACUGCUGAAUUUUAUGACUUGGCGUUAGACUUGAUUAAAAAACAUCCAAGUUUAGCGACAAUGACAUUUUAUGGUGGUGAAUCUCUGUUGAGUGAAAUAACCAAAAAGCCAUCAGCAUUUCCAAGUGGAGGAACAAAAAAGCUACCGUUUUGGGGAUACGUCGGCGUUUCUAAGUGUGAGUAUAUAUAUUUCUUUCUGACAUCAAUGUUAUUUUUCUUUUGA